AUGUCUGAAGAAGCACAACCCAUAAGGGCCCCAGAAGACGCCACUACUGCUCAAACCCAACCUCAGUCUCAAUCUCAAUCUCAACCAGAACAAACACAACCUCAAAGUCAACCUAAGGCUCAGAAUUCAAAUAAAUCAAAACCACAAUCUAAAGAUGCUUCAUCAAAAACUCAAGAUACAUCUGCAUCAGGAGAAAAGAAACUUACAAACAAAGAGUUGAAAGAAUUGAAGAAGAAGGAAAAAUUAGAAAAAAGAGCUGCAAAGAAAGAAAGUCAAGGUAUACCUAAUCAAACUGAACAAAGUAAAGCUAAACAACAAAAAAAUCAACAACAACAAGGUAAUCAAUCAAAUGGUAAUGUUGGUGUUAAAAAAGAACCUAAAAUUGUAAACAAAGUUCCUCUUUUCAGCCAUUUAGAAACAAAAGAAGAAAGAAAUGCAUUAAGUUCAUCUCAAGCUCAAGUUUUACAUUAUGUUCAUCCUGCAAUUUUAACAUUAACUUCAAAAUAUGCUUCAUAUUCAAUUGUUGGUUCUAUUCCAAGAUGUAUUGCCAUGUUGAAAGCUUUCCAAACUGUUAUUUCUGAAUAUCAAACACCAGAAGGUACAACACUUACAAGAAAUUUAACUAGUUAUUUAGGUUAUCAAAUUGAUUAUUUGAAAACUGCUAGAUUAUUAUCUGUUACUAUGGGUAAUGCAAUUAGAUGGUUAAAACAAGAAAUUUCAUUAAUUUCAAUUGAUACAUCAGAUAAUGAUGCUAAAGAAGAUUUAAUUGAAAAAAUUGAUACUUUCUUAAAAGAAAAAAUUGAAUUAUCUGAUAAAUUAAUUAUUGAACAAGCAUCAAAUCAUAUUGUUAAUGGAUCAAAAAUUUUAACAUUUGGUAAUUCUAAUGUUUUGAAAGAAUUAUUUUUACAUAAUUCAAAAGUUUUGAAAAAACAAUUUCAAGUUAUAAUAGUAGAUUCAAGACCAUUAUUUGAAGGUAAAAAAUUAGCAAAAGAAUUAACAUCAAAUGGAUUAAAAGUUCAAUAUGCUUUAAUUAAUUCAAUAACUUCAAUUUUCCAAGAUGUUGAUACAGUUUUCCUUGGUGCUCAUGCAAUGUUAUCAAAUGGAUUUUUAUAUUCAAGAGUUGGUGCUGCAUUAAUUGCAAUGACUGCUAAAAAGAGAAAUAUUCCAGUUUUAGUAUGUUGUGAAUCUAUCAAAUUUUCAGAUCGUGUUCAAUUAGAUAGUGUUACACUCAAUGAAUUAGGUGAUAAUGAAGAUUUAGUUGAUUGUUAUAAAUUAAAUCACACAAAAAAAUCAAGUGUUGCAAUGAAAAAUUUCAUAAAUUCAUAUAAUGAAACUGAAGAAAAACAAUCACAACAACAACAACAAAAAUCUAAAAAAAAUCAAUCAAAUGAUAAAGAAAAGGAAACAACAAAUGAAAAAGAUGAAUUUCCUUUACAAAAUUAUCAAAAAUCUCCUCAUUUAAAUAUUUUAAAUAUAAUGUAUGAUGCAACUCCACCAGAUUAUAUUCAAAAAGUUAUUACUGAAGUUGGUGCAUUACCACCAAGUUCUGUUCCAGUUAUUUUAAGAGAAUAUAAAGCAAGUUAA